UCCGGACUAGUCAGGCAUCUGUCGUAAUAUCAUUUCGGAAUGUUUUCGUCGUCCAACCGCAAGAUUCCCGCUUCUUUACCGAAAUUCAUAAGAUAUGCCCUGGGACCAAAGAAAAGAGCCUCUGACAAGAUCCCAGUCCAGUUGCUAAGAAACUUCCCAGGCACUGGAGUCAAAGGUGAGAUCAUCAGAGUGAAGCCUGCGUUCAUGAGAAAUUACUUGCACCACCAAAAUGGUGCUGCUUAUAUUACCAAAGACCAGGGCCCUCGUAUACCUGUGGUAGAAAAGCCUACUAAGGUUGAAGUAGUUGCCAAGGCAGAAAACCCUGUAGUUGUCGAAGCAGUCAAGACAAAGUCGAAGGCUUCUGCUGGUGCAAUGUCGUUAGAUGAAUUGUCUACCUUAUUUACUACCAUGAGAUCUAAGAGAAGUGCAGCUUCUAGUGCUUCUGCAAGUGACUCUACUUUCGAGGCCUCAACCGCAUCCGAGGAUGCAGCCUUCACUUUGGCAGAAUUAAAGGGAGCCAUUCCUGCUGUCUACACUCUCCAAUUGAGUGAUAGCAUCGCCUUGCCUAUAGGGAAGAGCACGUUGGCAUCCAUAAUCUUCAACUUGUCUGGUGUUCAAGUUCCUCAGACAGCACUCAGCAUUUCUGAAACUGGAAAGAAGGCUGGUUUGGAUGCCAUCCCUGCCAUUGGUGACUACACAUUAUCCAUCACUAACUCAGCCGAAAAGGCUACUGUCUCCAAGACCAUCCGUGUUGUAGCAUAGAUAGUCAUAGUCUGUACAUAGUUGUAAAUAACUGAAUUAACUGCAAAUAGCAA